AAUUCUUGCCUAACGCGUUGUGGACCAAAACAUAAGUCAUAACAAAGAUUUGAAAGAAAACAUCAAAGGCGUCGUCAGCUUUACCCAUUUGCACGCCUGAAAUCUCACGUAGCACUGCUGUAUUUUAAUGGAAUUAUUUGCACAUUGCAAAAUAAAUUAAAUUCUCUCCAACCCGUUGUACCCACACAGACACACACUCUUUGUGCAAGAUUCGACGCUGUAAUAAGAAUUUGGUGUAAAAUACGGAGAAGAAGAAGGAAAAAGAUAGUAGCAGCGGAAAGAGCGCCCCCAGCUGUUUGCCUUUAUUAUUUUUGUUCUUAACGAGGAGCUUCAAAUUCUGCCGCUGACUCUAGUCAAGUACCCUUGAAUUCUCUUCUUUCAAGAUAUAUUAUAUAUAUAUAUAUAUAUGCAUUGCAUUGUUUCUAGAGAAUAUAAAAAUCUGUUCUUGGAGAUGGUGGAGGAGUAGUUGAAGAAAUCUGAGCUCUUUGAGAAGAACCCUUUUGUUUUUUCUUCAUUCUUGGGAGUUACUAUGGCCGAAGAAAUCUGUCUUUUCACAAAGGACUCCAUAAUCAUAAAACCUCCCAAGAAAUCUCCUGCUCCGUUGAGGAUGCUAGUUUUAGUAUUUGCUAUGGCCUGUGGUAUUUAUAUCUGUUCAGUCUGUUUAAAACAAACUAGUAUUCAUACAAGAACUAAGUUCCACCACAUCGAAGUUAGUCAGAGGCAUUGUCAUGAUAACGCCAUCGAUAGGUCUCAAACUCCGUUCUUGCACUACCCGGUGCCCAUUUCAUUUAGCAGGGCCGAAUGUGCUAGUAAUCCAGUGCGGCUUUUUGCUAUUCUAUCAAUGCAAAGAUCCGGAAGCGGAUGGUUUGAGACAUUGUUGAACAACCACACCAAUGUGAGCUCGAAUGGGGAGAUAUUUUCUGUUAAAGAAAGGAGAAGCAAUGCUUCUUCAAUUAUGUCAACUCUGGAUAGAGUUUACAAUUUGGACCUGUUCACCAGUGCUUCCAAGAACGAGUGCUCAGCCGCAGUCGGCUUCAAGUGGAUGCUUAACCAGGGGUUGAUGGAAUACCAUAAGGAAAUCGCAGAUUACUUCAACAAUAGAGGUGUUUCUGUAAUCUUCCUUUUCCGGAGAAAUCUGCUUAGGCGGAUGGUUUCUGUUCUUGCUAAUUCUUAUGACCGCUAUGCUAAACUCCUAAAUGGGACGCACAAGUCUCAUGUGCACUCACAUGAAGAGGCUGAGGCUCUUUCCAAAUAUAAACCAGAAAUCAAUGCAACAUCAUUGAUGAAGGAUUUAAAGGUCAUGGAGAAGAUGGUCUUGGCAGCGCUGGAGUAUUUCAGCAGCACAAGGCAUAUUAUUUUAUAUUACGAGGAUCUCAUAAAAAAUCGAACUAAACUGAUGGAUGUUCAAAGGUUUCUCGGGCUGCCGGAAAUGGAUUUAAGUAGUCGGCAGGUGAAGAUACACCGGGGGCCGUUGUCGGAGAAUAUCAAGAAUUGGGAUGAUGUCGACAAGAGUCUACGAGGAACGGUAUAUGAGAGCUUCCUCCACACUGACUACACUAAUUAGUGACUGAUGCAAAGCAGUUUAAUUCUCUUAUAGGAGUUUCACAUUUUUUAACCAAAUUUGUCAGGUGAUCAAUGCAAUGUUGAUCUCUAUCUGCUUCUGUCCAAUCCAAGCUUUCAUCUUUAGUUUCACUUAGCCUUUUUGUUUUUUUCAUCUUCAUUUUAUUUUUCCAAGGCACACGGGAUGUAUAGGUUUGUAAUUUGUGCAUAGACAUUGAUGUGAAUUGAACCUACAGCGAUAUCAAUAGAUUUCAUAUCAGUGCAUAUGUAUUUUAAUUCA